AUGAAGACGAUCCCUCUAGCGUGGGAUGAUGAGCGUGGUCAAGGUACGAAUGAUAAGGGGCACGCCAUCUGCUUUACACAUGAGAGGGCCCACAAGCUUGCAUCCCUUCUCAAUUGCCCCCAACAUCUCCCAAAGCAAAACCCAGAGUGUGGUCUAACGCCAUCUGUUGCCUCGACCCCCGCUGAAGUGGUGUAUCUAACUGAAAAUGGGGACAAAUCUCCAGUGAAUAGCCACCCCGAGAAAGAGCAACUCUUCGACAACUUGGUUGACGAACAUGAAUCGGAGUUUCUAGACGGGCGAUCAACACCCCACACCUCCGACGCCCACUAUCUAGUGCAUCAAAUGUCACCUCGAGAUCUCGGCUUUUUGACUCGCCUCCGUCCUCCACCCGGUUUGAACACCCAUGAUGGGGACACCUCAAGUGAAGACAGGGCUUCAUAUGAGUCCACAGACCGUCCAACGCAGUACCGCGGAGGCUUCCUGUCCUCGCUCCUCAAGCUCUACGACCAACCUAAUUAUAACCACAGCCACUCUCGCAAGGGCAGUUCGUCCAGCUCCAGUGGACGCGGCUUGUCCCCGGACUUAUGGAAACCCCAUAGGAAAUGGUACGAUAAAUCGUCGGCCCGAUCCAGCCUUACCUUGGCCGGCUCAUCCCACCACACUGGCUCGCCUCUGGCUACGCUCACGCGGUCCCAAAGCAGUGGUGCUUCCAUUCCCAAUGUAGGUGGUCGCCCACGAAACAAGCCCCAGUUCGAGGAUGAAGUCCAUAUCACUGUUCAUAUUGCCGAACUUCUAUCCCGACAACGGUAUUUGAUCCGGCUUUGUCGCGCUUUGAUGAAGUACGGAGCUCCAACACAUCGAUUGGAGGAAUAUUUGCGCAUGACAGCUCGUAUCAUCCAGAUCGAUGGCCAGUUUUUGUACAUACCUGGCUGCAUGAUCAUCUCCUUUGACGAUGCCUCCACACAUACAACGGAGGUUAAGGUCGUCCGGUCCAGUCAAGGCAUUGAUCUUGGCAAGUUGGCCGAUGUGCAUGAGAUCUACAAAGAGGUGGUCCACGACGUCAUUGGUGUUGAAGAGGCAAUUCAGAAGCUCGAUGAGAUUAUGAAAUCGCCGAGCAAGUUCCACAUCCUAUUUCUCAUCUUCGUUCAUGGCUGCGCCAGCGCGUCAGUUGGCCCCUUUGCUUUUGGGGCUCGUCCGGUUGAUAUGCCCGUGGCAUUUCUGUUGGGUUGUCUCCUGGGAGUGUUGCAGUUGAUCCUGUCGCCUAAGUCGAGCUUGUACGCAAAUGUGUUUGAGAUCUCUGCCGCAGUGCUGACGUCUUUCCUUGCACGUGCCUUUGGGAGCAUCAGGCUCGAUGGGGAGCCUCUAUUCUGCUUUUCGGCACUCGCACAGUCAUCCAUCGCUCUCAUCCUGCCAGGAUACACCGUUCUAUGUGCUAGCCUUGAGCUCCAGUCACGCAGCAUAGUUGCAGGGUCGGUUCGCAUGGUCUAUGCUAUUAUCUACUCUCUAUUUCUCGGGUUUGGCAUCACCAUCGGAACUGCCGUUUACGGGCUCCUUGACUCUCAAGCCACAACGGCAUACACAUGUCCUGCCAGCCCAAUUCACAAUGAAUAUCUACAGCGGUUCCCCUUCGUGAUCUUAUUUACUAUCUGUCUGGCUAUUGUCAACCGCGCCGAAUGGAAACAAAUGCCAAUCAUGAUGGUGAUCUCCCUGGCCGGCUACGUGACCAGCUACUUCAGCGGCAAGCGCUUGUAUCACAAUAGCCAGGUCUCCAAUGCCUUGGGUGCAUUUGUCAUUGGUGUAAUGGGCAACUUCUACAGCCGACUACGGCAUGGGGUUGCCGCUGCAGCAAUGCUGCCCGCGAUUUUCGUCCUUGUCCCCUCCGGUCUAGCGGCCAGUGGGUCCCUGAUCUCCGGUAUCACUUCUGCGGAGCAAAUGACGCGGUCUGCGGUCGUGAGCAAUGGGACACAAGGAUUUGUCGAUGCGGCAAAGAAUCUCUCAGCCGAGGAGUCCAAAAACCAGAGCUACGGCGUCGUCUUUGAUAUCGCAUACGGCAUGGUCCAAGUCGCCAUUGGCACGACAGUCGGCUUGUUCCUGGCCGCUUUGAUCGUCUAUCCGCUAGGCAAAAAGCGGAGCGGGCUCUUCAGCUUUUAA